ACCGCGGGGUCCAUUCCAAAAAGCUGAACGAAUAUAAAUGAUCAUGAGCUUCGUUGCGGCAUAACGUUCACGGAGUUACAUCGGAGACGUUGACCACCAGCGAGACUCUGCUAGAAUGAAUCGUUUGCUCGUCAGUGCACUUUUGGUGACGGUUUCGGUUGCCCUCGUGCACGGUGCUACCGUUGCGAGCGGGCCGAACAAGAAGCUGAACAUUCCCGCAUUCAACAAUGCGGGAAAAACGGUCGGCGUUGAGGUGUGGCGUGUGGAGAACUUCCAGCCCGUAGUCAUCCCGAAGGCAGAGCAUGGCAAAUUCUACACCGGUGAUUCGUACAUCGUGAUGAACACGAAGGAGGACAAGAAGAAGGUCAAGAUGCACGACAUCCACUUCUGGCUCGGCACGAAAACUACCCAGGAUGAGGCCGGUUCGGCCGCGAUCCUGUCCGUGCAGCUCGAUGAUCUGUUGGGCGGUUUGCCGGUACAGCACCGGGAAGUGGAGGGCACCGAGUCGGACCUUUUCCUCAGCUACUUCAAGGGCGCUGUCCGCUAUCUGGAGGGUGGCGUUGCCAGCGGCUUCAAGCACGUAACCACCAACGAUCCCGGUGCGAAGCGGCUGUUCCACAUCAAGGGUACGAAGAAUAUUCGCGUCCGCCAGGUCGAGCUGGCCGUGUCGGCCAUGAACAAGGGCGACUGCUUCAUACUGGACGCGGGUCGUGAAAUCUACGUGUACGUUGGUCCGCAUGCGGGUCGCGUCGAGAAGCUGAAGGCGAUCAACUUUGCGAACGAUCUGCGCGAUCAGGAUCAUGCCGGCCGGUCGAAGGUGCACAUUGUGGAUGAGUUUUCCACGCUGACCGAUCAGGAGAACUUCUUCACGAUUCUGGGCUCCGGUUCGCCGAACCUGGUGCCGGAUCAAUCCACCGCACCGGCCGAUGCUGCGUUCGAGAAGACGGAUGCUGCCCGCGUUCAGCUGUACCGUGUGACGGACGCCAAGGGUAAGCUGGCAGUGGAACCGAUCACCGAACGUCCGUUGAAGCAGGAGUUCCUGAAGCAGGAGGACUCGUUCAUCCUGGACACGGGCAGCGGUCUGUACGUGUGGAUUGGCAAGGGUGCGACGCAGCAGGAAAAGACGCAAGCACUGGCCAAGGCACAGGAGUUCAUCGGAUCGAAGAAGUAUCCGGCCUGGACACCGGUCGAGCGGUUGGUGCAGAACGCGGAAACGGCUCCGUUCAAGCACUUCUUCCAGACCUGGCGUGCUGCCGGCUCGAACCAGUCGCGUUUGGUGUAAGUGAAAGUUUGGUGAUGAGUUGCUGACUGGCGUAGAAAAUGAGAUUGUUUUUUGUAGAGAAAUACAUGAGAUAAUGUACAAAAUGA